CAGUAAGGGAAUGAAGGGACAGGGCAGUGGCAGAAAAAAACAUCAAGGGCUACCAGUUCAGUGGUUGCAUAGCAGAGCGAAAUCGAUGGGAUGAAUGGCCUCAGCUCCACCUCAAAGACUCCCAGGAGUGGGAGGAGGUGGCCGCACAUGGGCCCUCCGAUUGGUUGGACGACCAUUGGUCCGCCAAGGGAGAUCGGAGCUGCCUAUUGGUCUGGACACAUGUUGAUCAGCUGACAGUCCCGCCCCCUUGAUGGGAAGGUCACGUGGCUUGGCCCUGGAACCGAGGCGGCUCCGGUUUGGUUCCACCGGGAGGGAAAGCUUCCGGAUGAUCGGGGUUUUACAUACGAGGCCUCCCUUUAAGAUCUGAUCCAGUAGCGAGUUUCACUGGGAUCUCAAUAUUGUCGGUGUUUGCACAUGGAAGGAGAAAGCAGUGACCGACCGGUGGACAAACCACACACUUGUACCGUGUGUGGUCUCAGCAUCAUCCUUUCACCUGACCUGGAGAGACACGUGCACUGUCACAGCGAGGAGGACCCAGGGGAAGGUGGGGACGGCGAGACAGGAUUCAGCACACUGUCCGUGUUGGAAGAUGGUCAGCGUCCUGCCGCUGAGGAGAGUGGGUUUACCUACUGUGCAUGUGGGAAGGGUUUGUCCUAUCCCUCCCACCGACAGGCACACAAGUGGGUUCACUGCGACAAGACACCGUGGAAAUGUUCUGACCGUGCCAAGGGCUCCAAGAGCCCGCAGGAGGCAAAGCGAGACCAAUGCCGACAGACUGGGCAGAGGCCUUUCUCCUGCUCGGUGUGUGGGAAGGGAUUCACUCAGCUAUCUGACCUGCAGAGGCACUGGAAGAGCCACUCCGUUCAGCCGCUCCUCGAGUGCUCCUCUUGCGGGAAAGAGUUCACUCGAUCGUCUUCCCUCCUGAGGCACCAGCAGUUUCACAGCAACGCACGAGCGUUUCAGAGUUCUGAUAAACGCAACCCGAAGCAGAGGAGACAUCAGCUGCAGGGAGUUGGCGAGAGGCCGUUCGCCUGCCCCGCGUGUGGCAGGAAGUUUGCCCGCACCUCCAACCUGCUGACCCACCAGCGGGUCCACACGGGGGAGAGGCCGUUCGCCUGCCCGGACUGCGGGAAGGAGUUUGCCCAGGCUUCCAACCUGGAAACACACCAGCGGGUCCACACCGGGGAGAAGCCGUUUACCUGCUCUGUGUGCGGAAAAGGGUUCGCUCGGUCGUCCGCCCUCCUGACCCACCAGCGGGUCCACACCGGGGAGAGGCCGUUCACCUGCUCGGUGUGUGGGAAAGGCUUCACCCAAUCCUCCAACCUGCUGACCCACCAGCGCAUCCACACUGGCGAGAGGCCGUUCACCUGCUCUGUGUGCGGGAAGGGAUUCAUUCGGUCCUCCAAACUACUGACCCACCAGCAGGUCCACACCGACGAGAGACCGUUCCCCUGUUCGACCUGCGGGAAGUGUUUUAAAAGCACCAACAGCCUGGUGAUACACCAGCGCUAUCACACUGCAGUGCGACCGUUCGCCUGCUCCGAGUGCGGGAAGGGUUUUACGGACUCGUCCCACCUGCUGAGACACCAACGGGUCCACACAGACGAGAGACCGUUCACUUGCUCCGUGUGCGGGAAGGGCUUCAUUCGGUCCUCCCACUUGCUGAGGCACCAGCGGGUUCACCCUGCUUCCUAGCAUGUGACCCUGAAUGGUAGCUGGCCUGAAGUAAAAAGUACUGGGUGAAUUUCCCGUGUUGUUCCUUUGGGUUGCAGCCUGUUCAGCUGAUGGUUCCCUUCAUUGAAUCUCUCACGGUGUCACAUGAACGCGACAGCACAGGUCAUUUGGCUCAAUUGGUCUGAGGACACAGUUCUUCACCACUUGAGCCUCGUUCCAUUCUCUCCAUCAAGCACCCAUCACCCUAUCCUGCUGCUCCUUUCUCCAUCUCGCUGGUUUUUCCAGCUACCCCCCCUUCAGUAUGUUCAGUACAGCACAGUACAGACCCUUCUGCCCUCCAUGUUGUGCCAGCCUUCUAUCCUGCUCUAAGAUUAGACUGACCUACAUACCCUCCUUUGUACUAAGGGAUGAAGGGCUCCUGUCUGAAACGUCAAUGUUCCUGCUCCUCGGAUGCUUUUCCAGCACCCCUCUAAUCUCGACUCUAAUCUCCAGCAUCUGCAGUCCUCACUUUUGCCUAACUUCCAUGUGCCGAGCCAAGAGUCACUUAACUGUCCCUAAUGUAUCUGACUCGACUACCACUGCUGGCACCCACCACUGUCUGAGUAAAGAGCCUACCUCUGACAU